AUCCUUUAGCAAGAAGGGAACUCAAAAUGAUUAUUACAAAAGGUCGAAGUUCCUUGACCGACGAUAAAUUUAAUGAGAUAAACCAUUUAAUAGCUGAGAUGAAGGAGAUUUAUAAUAAAAUCAAAGUAUGUCCGUACAAACAAACUGAUGAAAAUGGGUGUAAUUUGAAUGUAGAUAAUAUUAAUAAAAUAAUGGCACAAUCAAAAGACUAUGACGAAUUAUUGUAUUAUUGGCAUGCUUGGCACGAAGCAACUGGUCCAAAACUUCAAAAUAAAUAUUUAAGAUACGUUCAACUAGCUAAUUUAGCAGCUAACUUAAACGGUUUUGCCGAUGCUGGCGAUCAGAUGAGAGAGUUAUUUGAAGAUGAAAAUUUCGAGGAAAAUAUAGCAGAAGUGAUGUCAGCCAUCUCUCCGCUGUAUAAGAAUCUUUUUACUUAUGUGCGAUCGAAACUAAUUGAAAGAUAUGGAAACAGAAUACGAGAAGAUGGGCCUUUACCAGCGCAUGUUUUGGGAAAUAUGUGGGCUCAAAAUUGGGAAGGUCUGUUCGAACUGGUGCAACCUUUUCCUGCGAGCAGAAAACUCGACGUGACUGUGGAUAUAAUGAUUCAGAAUAUCACUCCAAUGAGGAUGUUCCAAAUAGCGGAAGAGUUUUUCACUUCGCUCGGAAUGAAGCCAAUGCCGCCGGAAUUUUGGAAAUUUUCCAUAUUUGAAAAACCCAUUGACAGAGAAGUUAAUUGCAUUCCUAGUGCACGGGAUUUUUGUAAUAGAAUCGAUUACAGAAUAAAACAGUGUACUAGAGAUGCGAUGGAGGAUUUAUUAUCGACGCAUUACGAAAUGGCACAUUUGCAAUAUUAUUUACAAUACAAGGAUCAUCCAUUUUUAUUCCGAAACGAGGCAAUGCCAGGUUUCUAUGAAGCUGUUAGCGAUGCGAUUGGUUUAUCUAUUUUUACUUCGCAACACUUGCAUAAAAUUGGAUUGCAAAAGAAUUUAACGGAUGAUUAUGAUAGCAGUAUAAAUUUUCUGAUGUUAAUGGCUCUUCGCAAAGUGACUUAUAUGCCGUUCGCUUAUUUAGUUGAUCAAUGGAGAUGGCAUGUCUUCAGCGAUGGGGUGGAAGAUAUGACUGCACGUUGGUGGGAAUUAAGAUUACAAUAUCAAGGAAUUGUUCCACCUGUGCCUAGAUCCGAAAGAAAUUUUGAUCCAGCAGCUAAAUAUCAUAUUCCAGCGGACAAUCUUUAUGUCAAAUAUUUUGUGAGCAUUGCUUUACAAUUUCAAUUGUUCCAAUCAUUGUGUGAGAUUUCUGGUCACACAGGCGAAUUGCACACUUGCGAUAUUUAUAGAUCACGAGAAGCAGGUCGAUUAUUAUCGGACGUUCUGUCGAUGGGAUCUUCUAGACCAUGGCAAGAUGUUAUCAGGCAAAUGACAAGAGGCAGAGUAAAUAGAAUAGAUGCUGGUGCCAUGCUCAAAUAUUUUGAGCCUUUAAAUGCGUGGUUAAGACGACAAAAUAAGAUGCAGCCUGUAAUCGGGUGGAUUACGAAUCGUGACGACAGAGAAAGAUAUUGCUACAGGACCAUGUCAUGCAAUUCUUUAGGCCUCGCAAAUAGUGUACUUGCGUAUCAAAGAUCAGAAAUCCUGAGGCAAGGUGCGAAUAAACAUGGUAUUACUUUGGCACACUAUUCAGAUAUUAAACAGAGUUCUGAGGAUGACUGCCAAAAACCUCAGACACAACAGAAUGUAUCAGUAUUCCAGAAAAUGAAACAGAUGACCAAAGAUUAUUGGCAUAUAUUAAUACCUGUGCACAUAGUUACUUCUAUAGGAUGGGUGGCUAUAUUCUACCUUGCUAUUAGGAAUGGUGUAGAUAUAGCGCAGCUGUUGGAAUAUAUGAAUUUUAGUGAUAAGUAUGUAGAUGCAGUACGUAAUUCAAGCGCUGGCAAUUGGGCAAUUACUUAUGCACUUUAUAAGAUAUUUACUCCAUUGAGAUACACUGUUACUGUUGGAGGAACAACAAUUGCCAUUAGGCAUCUUAACAAAUUAGGCUAUGGAAAAGCACCUUCAUUCUUCAAACGUCAGCCAGCAGAGCCAAUACAGUCAAACAAAUGUGCAGCAGAACACAAGAUAAAAUUCAAGGCAGAGUGUAAAAAGGACCGAACACGGCACACGGAACCGCCAAAACCAUAAAAAUAUACAUAUGUCGGAUUUAUGAAUUGGGCUUGUGAAUGUAGCUUGGGGAUAUUAAUUAAUUAUACCGCGCGCGAUAUUCGAUGUAUAUUUCUUUUUGUAAAUGUAAUUGUCACUAUAAAUUAUCUUCUGCAUCAAA